CAACCCCAAUUAGCAGACAGGCUGAGUUGUCAUCGACCAAUCUUCGCCGGUUGUUUGCGAUGACUUCGGGUACACUGUUGACGAAUAUGUAGUGGAAGGUUGCGGCCAACGCAGGUCGAGGACGGGUGUCGGGUGGGAAUGAGCAGAGAGCAGAGCCCAAGGCCGGCGAGAAAAGUAUAAGUAGUCUUGUCUCCCCUAUUGAUGUCACUCCUGCUUGGUGGUGGAGUAAACUCGAUCCGAGAUAUCUAACCAGGACCUAAACACGUACGAAGGAGACCAAACGAAGAAAAAGGGGGGAGGAAAAGUCGACUCGAGCCCACAGUGAGCGCUGACGACACUACCUCUCUGUCGGAGCCUGAAGACUGAAUUUCCUAAUCCAGAUCCGAUCCGAUCCGAUCAACUCGCUGUCUUUUCCCCCUCCGCCUCACUCCUGCGUCCCUCUCUUGCCCUCCCUUUGCUCUUUUCUAGCUCGCCCGCCCGCCCGCAUCGCCCUCUUUCUCUCCUCUCGCUCCACCUCGCUCUUCUUUCCCGAACGACGACGAUGUGCUAUUUCGAGCAGACGCGCUGGUCUUGUGGGUACUGGCGAUGGGGCCACUUUCGUCAACAGUGUACCAAGGAGUACCGGACCGGAGAGACUUGCGGCCUAAAGCUUGUGUACUGUACCAACCUCGAGAUCGACAGCUGUAAGCUAUGCAAGGACAUCGAGAAGAAGCAGAGGAAGUUCACCAAGCUCCAAAACGACAUCUACCGGUGGCAGAGGGAAGGGAACCGGACGGCGACGAUCGAGAAGGCUCAGAAGGACAUGGGGGAGGUGGACGAGGCGAUCCAGAACAUGCUGCAACAACACCAAAACAGGCAGUACUCGGUGGUGUAGACGUUGCGGCUAGCGGUGUGCGAGAGCGAGCGAGGAGGGGGAGGCCGGGUUGGGGGGGGGCUUCAAGGGACGGAGCAGGGCGGGCGGGACACGACACGGCUGCUCAACAACAUCAGUAGGGUUCUCUUUUUUUUCUCUUUUUUUUUCCUGUCUAGGACAAAGACCACAUCUCAAGAGGGAUCGGCGAGAGGGUAAGGCUAGCUACCGAUGCUUAUAAAAGGGGACUUUUGGGAAAGUCACGACUUAGGAAUAAAUGAGCUGGGACACCGGUCUUUUGUAUGUUAUUAUAUU